GUGACAUCGUGGGUAAGGAGAGCAGGUGAGAUAGAGAGAGGGGAUGGGUUUUUUUCAUUUUUUAUUUCUCUCUGUACAUUUUCGCUGGACGGCGGCUAGCACCAUUUAAAAAGCGUGGCACCAUGGCAAAACAAAGCUAAGGAGAGCAGGUCGCAGAGAGAGGAUGGGUUGGAGAGGUAUUUUAGGGUUUGAGUAUGGUGUGGUGCAGGCACCCCUUGGUCCCGAUAUCUCGGGCCCUGAACUCGUUGCAGCGGUCGCAAACGCUGGCGCCCUUGGUUUUCUCAGAGCUCCAGAUUGGGAGUCACCUGAAUUCUUGAAGAUGUUAAUAAGAAAGACAAGAAACUUGACAGACAGGCCAUUUGGUGUGGGUGUGGUUUUGGCAUUUCCACAUAAGGACAAUGUGAAAGUUAUAUUAGAGGAGAAAGUUGCAGUGUUGCAGGUCUCAUGGGGUGAUUAUCCUAAAGAGCUUGUGGAUGAAGCUCAUGAAGCUGGCACCAAGAUUGUCCACCAAGUUGGCUCUAUUGAAGAUGCGAACAAGGCUAUUUGUGCUGGAGUAGAUUCAAUUAUUGUUCAGGGGCGGGAAGCAGGAGGCCAUGUCAUUGGUCAGGAUGGGCUAAUGACCCUAUUACCUAGAGUGGUCGAUUUGGUUUCUGAAAGUGAACAUGACAUACCUAUAAUUGCUUCAGGAGGUAUCGUGGAUGCACGUGGUUAUGUUGCUGCUUUGGCUCUUGGAGCAAGGGGCAUAUGCAUUGGCACAAGGUUUGUUGCCACAGAGGAAAGCUAUGCUCACCCUUAUUACAAGAAGAAGCUUGUUGAAAUGGCUCGAACAGAGUACACAAAUUUGUUUGGGCGUUCAAGAUGGCCCGGAGCACCACAGCGUGUUUUAGUAACAAAGUUUUUUGAUGAAUGGAGACUUCUUCCUGAUCAUGAAACUGAGGACAAUCAGCCUACAAUUGGGCAUGCAACAAUUAAUGGCAAGGAAAGCGAAAUUCGGCGUUUUGCUGGAACAGUUCCAAACGCGGUGACAUCAGGAGACAUAGAGAGCAUGGCCAUGUAUGCCGGUGAUGGUGUAGGUCUCAUCAAAGAGAUCUUACCUGCCGGUGAAGUAGUGAGAAGGUUAGUUGAGGGUGCACAAUUAUUAAUCCAGCAAGGCUUGCAAGGUGAUCUCUUAAAAUAAGCAUCUUCUAGCGGACGUACCAGAGGACUAGGAAAGAGCUCCCCCAAAUGCUCACGAAUGAUUUCUUUCUCAUAACCUUUACUCUAUAGUUGUCACUCUAUAUUGAAAGAGGCGGUCCUUGUAUCAAUGUGCAACAUGUAUGUGCAACUACGAUGUAUUUCUGUGGUUUUUUGUUUUUUUAGUGGGGAUGGGGUUUUCUACUUGUGAUAAGAAUGGAACUCAAGAGGUCAGGUGUAGUGUACCGCCACUUUGACCAACGCACUUUGCACCCAUUCCUACGUAUUUAUGCAGUCAUAUUUUAUGCAUACAUGAAUAUAUAGAGAUCUUUGCCCGUC